AUGCUUCAAUUCUCCUCUCCCGUCAUUCCUUUUUAUGAAUCUGAAGGUCCUCCCCAGGCCCUUCCGUUAUUGACAUAUCACACGGAGAUGUUUUGUGCUACGUUAUCGCACGUCUUGAUUUCCCAACAGGAAGAGAUGGCAUUCUCUACUCUUCCACUCAGGGGAAGCACCUUUACUCCUUCCCGCAUCUUCAUGACCACAUCUCGUGGAACGUUACCCGUCCCUUCUCGCGCGCCUACACCCAAAGUUGUUAAAUCAGUAUCUUUCGCGACAGAGAACGGCGAGUCUGAGAAGGUGUCGAUAUAUUCCUCCUUAUCCUCUCUAAGUUCCAAGGACUCCAAAAUCCUCAAACCGGAGGGUGAGGCGGGGCGUCCUGGUCGUGGUGGGUACAACUUGGAGAAGGCGCUCAACUGGGAUGUUAACCGCUUCAAGUCUCUCAAGGAGUGCGUUCACCGGUCAAUCAAGAAGUAUUGUGACGUUGACACGAGCAAGAAACUUCAAACCCCCGCUGCGUUGCAUGAGGUUCACAAAGAGCAACCGGCUCUUUCCUCUAACGAGGAGUCUGCAAUGGAGUUAGAUAAUCCUUGGCAGUCUGCUCGUAGGGCGAGAGAUGACGACGAGCAGCCACCCAACAAGGUCUUUCUCAAAGAAGUCGAUCGGUCAUCCAAGUUGCGUGAAGAUGUGCGCGAGCUAAAUUUUAGCAACCAUGAUCUUUUACUUCGAAAGCGCCACGCGCAGGUCACUUCGAACGUCCGCGAAUCACAGAUGCAGUCAGCCAUUGCACAGCAUCAACAACAGAAUCAAUUUCUUCAGCGUGACAGUGCUAAUGCCCUCGCCUCCUUGGACGAGAACCAUCGUAAAGAAGUUGCAGAGCUUCAGAACAAUAUGGUACUUGAUCGUCAAAAGGCCCAAACAGAGGCCCGCGCUGAAAUAGAACGCUUCUUGGCCGAGAAACAAUCUCGAUUUGAACACGAAAUGCGUUUGGCAAGAGAUAGGCUUUUGGCCGACAAUGAAUCUGAAUUAACCCGCUUGGACGCCAAGUAUAGUUCCAAAAUUAAUUCGUUGGAUAAUCAAAUUCGACAUGCCAGCGCUUUGUCACCUGCGUUCGCACCUGCCUGGCGGCAUCUUGUUGGCAAAAAACCUGUGGCAACAUGUACCAAUAUUGUUGGGUUUUCACCAAUUCCCGGUUCCAGCUCCGAAUCUGACGCGGACGAGGAACCUCAGACGGACAGUAGACCCACCCUGACUUCACUCCUAGGAGACGUCCCAAUCACCAAUGCGACCAUAGGCAUGCUUGCUGAGGCGCUUGCGAAGGUUCUUCAGACUCCUCAAACAACGUCUUCCCGGGGACCUUGCCCAAGACGCAAACGCCCUAAACCCCCUGUUGAAAAUUUCACGGAUACCCAGCGCCGAGACAAUAAGGCAAAUGUCCGAGAGUUGUUCAAAAAUGCAUUCCACGCCACAAAAGACGAAGAAUUUAUGCUUCAUGUGUCAGCGUCACAUGAAGCUAUAUUGUCUUUCGCACAUGAAACGGGCCCUGGUCCUGACCCACUUGCAAUGCAAUGGGAUAUGUCGACCACGCACAACUCCAUGUGGAACCAACAUGUCAUUGAUUUACUUUGUUCCCAGUAUGCAACUAUGCAACUAGCAAACGGAUGGGCUAUACGAUCUUCUCAAUCUAUCAGAGAUGAUAUUACACUGAAAUUCGGUCAAUGCCGCAAGUGUUGGAGAAGGGCUCAACCUCUCAGCCUCAGCGACGGUACUCGUGAGACCGCGCAACAAGUGGGAGAUCGACUCGUGGAUCAAACAAAUGAGCGACUACGGGUCGCUAGGGUCCUCACUCGCAGGGCGACGAAGUUUGAGACUCGAAAAAAAGUCACGGCGACGCUGCUGAGUGAUAGGAUUGCGACGGGAAAGCAUGAUCAGGCAGUGUGGGAGUAUCUUCGGGGUAUUGUGGAGAAUCUUGGCAAAGAUGGCAUGAGCUCUGACGAGAGUGAGCACGAAGAUGGAGACGUUCAGGUCUUUCGGCGGAAGAGUAUGCCAUGGAGAGCUGAUUUCACUCACGAGAUGCAGAUCAUUGACCAACAGCGUUUGACGGGUGCCGCAGUCUUCACUCCUCGCGGAAGCAAGCCUGCAAAGCGUCUUCGUAACGCUAAAUCAAAGUCUUCUCGAACAGCAAUCGAAGGCCUACCAAGAGCGUUCUAUGAUGCUUCUUGGUUGAUUGACCAACGCUCAUCAUUCACAGUAUCAAAGAAGAAGUUCCAGAGGAUGGAUAUUAUCGUUGCCCACCAGUAA